AAGUCUUUGUGUUUACUUUGUAGUUUGUACGUAAGUUUGUGUUGCUAGAGCCUAUAUGAAAAAAAAAAAAAAACAAAGCAGCAGAAGUGUGGAUGCCUAGUGAAGCUAUGUCGAUUGUUGUGGAUGUUAGUAGAGUAUCAGAUUCGGUAGCUCAAGAUGCAAAUUUGAGUCGGAGUUCGGGUAUGAGCACUCAAGAUGAAAACAUCUAUGCAAGAUUGAAGACGGUGGCUCAAGUUGGAGAUAUAGAAAGACUCUACGAGUUGAUAGCAGAAGAUCCAAACAUUUUAGACCACUUUGAUAAAGUGUCUUUUUGUGAGACGCCACUACACAUUGCAGCUGAAAAAGGGCAAACUCAUUUCGCCAUGGAACUAAUGACUCUUAAGCCGUCACUUGCUUUGAAGCUAAACGUGUCAGGUUUCAGCCCACUGCAUUUAGCCUUACAAAACAACCACAUUCAAACGGUGAGAGGGUUAGUGGCAAUCAACAGCAGCUUAGUUAGCAUAUAGACAGUUGUGCACAUUUCUGUCAAGAACCACCAAUGUUUUGCAUUUAAGGUUUUAUUGGGAUGGAUUAAGAGAGCAAACAGAAAGGAAAUCUUGGACUGGAAGGAUGAAGAUGGUAACACAGUCUUCCAUAUCGCUGCAUUGAUUAAUCAGACUGAGGUGAUGAAAUUGCUGCGUAAAACCGUUAAAGUAAAAGCCAAGAACUUGGAUGGCAAAACCGCGAUGGACAUACUUCAAACUCACCAAUCUCCAUGUUUCCCUGUAGCAAAAAAACUUCUCCGAAGUGCUAAAGAAAGACCAUUUUGUGGUUCCACAACGACUCUUGCGGGAUAUUUGAGCAGAAAUCUUUCGUUUAUUGAGAAACGGAACUCUCUCUUGGGGCUGAGCAAUUUGAGCAUGACUAAAGACAGGUCUAUAAACGCUAGUGACCCACGCAAUGCAAUACUUGUGGUGGCUAUACUGAUAGUAACAGCUACAUACCAGGCUGGUCUCAGUCCUCCCGGCGGAUUUUGGCAGGAUACAAAUGAUGGCAGGUAUGGUCACAUGGCUGGGCAGAUGACUAUGCCGUUCAUCUAUGCCUUUUUCUUUAUUGGCCUCAACGGAUUUGCCUUCGUAUCAUCUCUAUAUGUGAUAAUAAUCAUCACAAUUGGACUCCCCAAGUGGAAGUUACUUUACGGUUCAGUGGCGGCUUUAAGUAUCGCUGCUUUAGCAUCAUACAGCACUAUAUUCCCAAGUUCAUAUGACGCAAAUAGCUAUCUCUCAGUGCUCACCUUCCUCUGUGCAUACAUAUCGAUUAUAUGUAUCAUGAUGUUUGCUACAUUCAUGGCUUUCAUUGUUGAUAAACAUCGUCGGUACCAAGUGGACUUCCCAGCGAGCUGCUUCAGCUCAUCUCAGGAGCCAUGAAGCGUAUACCUGUUAUUUUUUGUUUAUUUUUGUUGCUCUGUUAAAGUGUAUUAUCUCAUGUACUAUAUUCUCAUUAUUAUAGUAUAGAAUAGUUAUUCUACUUAAAACAUGAAACAAGAGAGAAGAAUUGAACAA